AGCAGCCAAUGAUUAGGCCUACAUGGCAGAUGGCAGCUGAGGAUAGUUCGUUCUAAAAAUAGUAUGUUAUUUUUAGAUUUUGCGUUUAUCGAUGUUCAAAAACCAUAACCGGACAUUUCACAGAAUUAGCCAAGGCCUAGAUAUCUAGUGCGAUUGUGUAGGUCUUGUCCUGAAGAGAGUAGGCCUGAACUCCUAAGCCUAAAAAAGACCACCGCCACAGACAGCUGACAACGAGAGUUGGCUACACGGUAAGCAGUGAAGAACAAGUGACUUUGUGACUGAGAAGAGGCAUCAGUAUGGUGUGGAAUCUUAGCGAUUUGUGCCUUUUGUGCGUUCAACAAAAUUUAGACAAGUAUCCUGACAUUGGUUCAAGUUUGCCAACUCACUAUAAGGAAGUUUUGGUGGAUCGUCUUGCCUGCCAUGACAGAUAUGUCCCAGAGCAAAUUGCUCAUAUCAGCAGUAAUUUGUUCUCAAGUCGUUUAAGGCAUAUAUGCUUUGACAGAUGCGAUCAGAUCAACGAUAAAGUUCUUCAGCUGCUCGGAAAUUCAAAAGCCUCUUUUGAGUCCAUUGUUCUGAAAAAUCUUAACUUUGUCAGUGAUGCUGGAGUUCAAGCAGUCACAGAGAGGCAGAAUGCUUUGGUUAUUCUACACAUGAAGUAUUUGCCGCUCAUCACACAAAAAUCUCUCACAUCCAUUUCCUCUCCGGUGUUGUCAACUUUCAAACUGAGACAUACCCAUCAAGUGAGCAAAUCCUGGUGCUCACAAGCAGUUCUGCAAGACUUUUUCGCACGCAACCCAAACAUCAAGACCUUGAAGAUAGAUACAGAAACUGAAAACAUUCCAGUAAUUGCUCGUGGGCUAACCUCGUCCUUGAAUGAACUGGCUAUCAGUUUUCAAUCAGUCACCGAUUCUUUGAUUGAGGUUCUUGCUGAAUGCUGUCCAAAUCUUCAAAGGCUGGAUCUGAAUGGAGCAAAGCUGGUUGGCAAGGAAUCUCUCAUAAAACUGUUCCAAGCCUGCACUCAGCUGCUUGAGCUUGACCUGGGCUAUUGCAGUCGCCUAGCGGCUGCUCCAGAAAACGAAGCCCUAUGGACCCUCCCGCAGUCUCUGACCUCUUUGUCAUUGUGUGGUAUGAUGAUGCCCGAUGAGAAGAUCCUUGUGGAGUGUAUCACGCGUUUACCUCAUGUGAGGAAACUGAAACUGUGCGGGGUGCCAGCUUUAAGUGACAGUUCCCUAGCUCAGAUCGUAGAAAAGAUUGGUCAUCAGCUAACGUCUGUCAAUCUUAGUGGAGUUUAUGCACAAGAAAUCAGUGAUGAGGGCUUGGAGUCUGUCGCAAAAUACUGCACCAACCUUGAGGCAUUGCACAUUAGUCUUCUGAAAAACAUUACAGGCAUAAGCCUCAGGCCAAUCUUUGCAGAUGCACAGAGGGCAGCAAAGAUCAAAACUCUCUGCAUCAAUAGCAGACUGAUGGACAUCAGUGUUCUGGACCAGGUGAUGUGCAGCUGUCCCAACCUGGACGUCUUGGAUAUGUCAGGGCUCGCAUGCGUGACUAAUGAGAUGUUGAUCUCCCUGGCUGACCAUUCCCCCAACCUAACACAGAUCUACCUUAAAGGAUGUAAACAGGUUACAGAUGCUGGUGUGUGUUACCUCUCAGGCAUUUGCCCCUUGAAGUGUUUGGGUCUGUCAGGAAUUCAUACGCUCACAGACAAGAGCAUAUUUUGCCUGGCCAGUAGCUGUCCUCAUCUAGAGGAGGUCUACCUGAAUGGCUGUGCCUGUGUUUCACCUGUUGCAGUUCAGUACUUAAAGGACCGUUGCUUGAGAAGAUUACGGGUGAAGCACAACAUACCCAAUGCCAGCCCAAAUCAGUUGAUGGCUAAGAACUUGGAUACAGGAGAAUUUUGCCGGGCAGACCUUCUCUAGCUCUACACAAACUCUGGUUUUUGUUUGCACGUUAAUUGCUCUGCCCCCAGCUAUCUGUGAUGAUUUGGACUGUAUUUUACACCUUUUCUUUGGAAUACACGUUUACACUCACAAGUGUCAUAGACUUGAUGAACAAACUGUGAUUUGUUCAAAGCGCUUGAGGUAAACAAAACUGACUGUUGACCCUGUGAUGGUAAGGGUCUAGUUGAGGUCUCUGUGACUAAAAUAAGUCAAGACUAUCUUUCCUGCAUGAUGUUAUGGCUGUCUUCCAUGUUGGUAACCUCAGAGAGUGGGGACCCCCGGAUGCGCCUAGUAGGUCUAGUAUGUUCCAAAUGAAGACCUCAUCUAGACAUUUACCCCUGUGAUUUUUAAUUAUUAUUUUUUACGGCAGCUUUUCAUUGCAUUAUAACGGGUGGAUGACAUCAGAUUAUCACAAUCAUUUGUAAAGUGUUUUUUCUGAGAAGUGGAAUUGACUAAUUUCGUACUACACCACAUUGUGCUUUAUUUUUUGUGCAUGAUGGUUGAUUUAUAUGACAUAAUUUCAUAUGAAAGUAACAAUAUGAAAGACAACCAGGAAUAACAUUUUUUUUACGUUUAAACAUAGAAAACUAACCAAUGUACUGAGCACCACAACUUGACAUUUACAUUUUUCUUGCAUGCAUUCUAUAUAAUGCAGAAGAAAAACAAAAAACAUAUAUACUUGCUCACAUGUUGUUAAUGUGUUGCAUCUUACUAAUUAACUUAAUUAAACCACGAAUCCGACAUGUCUAGGAAAUGAUUUUGUGAAAUUCAUUCAGUUCAGUGUUGUAUGCUUUACUUUUUGGAAAUUUAAAUAGUUAUUCUUGUUCGUAUGUAUCAUAAAUUUUCAUAGCUUUGCAUUUGCAUAAAUCAAGGAUCAGUUCCAAUAAUUUAUAGUUGUAGCACACAGAUAUUGCUAUUGGACCACAGUUGUUAACAUUUUUUUGCUUAGAAAAGGCUUCUGAAAGAAAUGUUGUCAUCGCAGAGCCAAGAAAGUACUUUUACCCUAUUCCAUUUCACAACCGAGUUAUUUUGGCCUGCUAUAUACCUGCACUUUUUUAUCUGAAUAUGCCCAGUUUCAAAUUAUUUUGAUGCCACACAGCUAAAGGUUCAAGGAGGAUAUUUUGGUUUUCUCUCUUUUUCUGAAAAUCUAAAGUAUCUGAUAUCAUGUUACAAAUGUAGUGCUUUCAUAAUUGUGUUGAUCAAAUACAGAUACUUUAAAAAAAUC